CAACUACUCUUUCCUCGACUACGAGAGUUAGUCAAUGACAGCAAUGGCUGGAUCUAAUGUGCCCGUCAUUUUGAUGGGUCUUUUCGUGGCCUUUGGUGGUUUCCUUUACGGAUACGACACUGGUACCAUCUCCGGUAUCUUGGCCAUGCCUCACUUCAUUGAGACCUUCCACGACCGUACCUCCGCCGCCGGUGUCCAGUCAAUCUCCGCUUCCCGCCAAUCCCUCAUUGUCUCCAUUCUCUCCGCUGGUACUUUCUUCGGUGCCCUCUUCGGUGCUCCUACUGGUGACUUCCUCGGUCGUCGUCUCGGUCUCGUUUUCGGAUGUUUGGUCUUCUGCCUUGGUGUUGCGCUCCAGACUGCUGCUACCAUGACUGAUCUGUUCGCCGCUGGUCGUUUCUUCGCUGGUCUUGGUGUCGGUAUCAUCUCUUGUUUGGUUCCUAUGUACCAGUCCGAGUCCGCCCCCAAGUGGAUCCGUGGUACCAUCGUUUCUUGCUACCAGCUCGCUAUUACCCUUGGUUUGUUGGUUGCUGCUAUUGUCAACAAUGCUACCAAGGACCGCGACAAUGCUGCUGCUUACCGUAUCCCCAUCGGUAUCCAGUUCGCUUGGGCUGCUGUUUUGGCUGGUGGUAUGCUCCUUCUCCCUGAGACUCCCCGUUUCCUCGUUAAGCGUGGUAACAUGGAGGCUGCUGCCAAGGCUCUCGGUCGUCUCCGUGCCCUUCCCGCUGACUCCGAGGAGAUCCAGGAGGAGUUGAAGGAGAUCAAGGCCAACCACGACUACGAGCUUUCCCUCGGUGCUGCUACUUACCGCGACGUCUUCCGUGGUGGACCCGGUGGUGGUAACCUCCGUCGUGUCCUCAUCGCUAUCUUCAUCCAGAUGUUCCAGCAGCUUACCGGUGUCAACUUCAUCUUCUACUACGGUACCACUUUCUUCAAGAACUCUGGUAUCAAGAACGAGUUCACUAUCUCUAUGAUUACCAACGUUGUCAACGUCGUUUCUACUUUCCCUGGUCUCUACAUGGUCGAGAAGCUCGGUCGUCGUUGGUUGUUGAUCUUCGGUGCUUGCGGUAUGGCUGUUUCCCAGUGGAUCGUCGUCAUUGUCGGUGUUUCCACGGACUCUGAUGCUGCCAACAAGGUCCUCAUUGCCUUCGUCUGUCUCUUCAUCGCUUUCUUCGCCUGUUCUUGGGGUCCUGUCGCUUGGGUCGUCGUCGGUGAGAUCUUCCCUCUCAAGACCCGUGCGAAGUCUAUGUCCAUGGGUACCGCUUCCAACUGGUUCUGGAACUGGCUCCUUGCUUUCGUCACUCCUUACAUGAUGGACGAGGACAAGGGUAACCUCGGCGUCAAGGUCUUCUUCGUCUGGGGAUCUACUUGUUUGACUUGUAUCCUCUUCUCCUACUUCUUCAUUCCUGAGACCAAGGGUCUUUCUCUUGAGGAGGUCGAUGAGAUGAUGGCUACUACUACUGCUCGCAACUCUACCAAGUACAGGCCUUCCGUCACUACUCAGCUCCGUGACCAGUACGCCAUGGACGCUUCUGGUAUGGGUGACAAGGUCAACCCCAAGACUGAGGAGGCUGUUGUUGAGUACGCUUAA